CAGUUCUCUUCAGCCUCAAUUAAAAAUAAAUAUUUUGUGGUGCUACUUUCUUUAUUUGUUUACAAGUUCAUAGGUUCGGCACUUCAUUCCACUCUCAUCUCACAAUGGCAAAUCUCUCAGCUUUACCUCAUCUUCCUCAAUACACUCCUGGGAUGCUAAUUAAUGGAAAUAAGCAGCUAAUUAAACCCAGAGCUUUCCCUGUCUUUGCUGCAAAAUCUGGUCCCUUAAACUCGAUCUUGAAAAGAUGCCAGAAAUGUGGAGGCAAAGGAGCUAUAGAGUGUCCUGGGUGUAAGGGAACAGGAAAAAACAAAAAGAAUGGCAACAUCUUCGAGAGAUGGAAAUGCUUUGAUUGCCAAGGAUUUGGGCUGAAAAGUUGUCCUAAUUGUGGGCAAGGAGGGCUGACACCUGAGCAAAGAGGAGAAAGAUAAAGAGUUUGAGAUUUUCAUCCUACAUAUUGUAUCUAAUCAUAAUCUCAAACCUUUCCCACUCACUUUACUUCUUAUUUUUAUUUUAAUCUUCCUAUCUCUCCCA